UCGUAGCAAUGGCUUCCAUUCUUCGGCGAAUUUUCUCUUUCCUCGCAAUUCUAACAAUGGUUCAAAUCUGCUUCGGAGCUUCAAAUUCGCCGCAAAAAGUGUCGUUAGAUUUGUACUACGAGAGCUUAUGUCCAUACAGUGCCAAUUUCAUCAUCAACGAACUCACCGACAUCUUCGAUAACGGAAUUAUCGACAUAGUUGACCUUCGUCUUUUUCCUUGGGGAAAUGCUAAGCUCACUUCUAAUAACUCAUUCACUUGUCAGCAUGGUCCUAGGGAAUGUUUUUUGAAUACUGUUGAAGCUUGUGCCAUUGAUGCUUGGCCUAAUCUGGAUGAUCACUUCCCAUUUAUUAAUUGUGUCGAGACUCGGGUUUAUGAGGGCAAGUACAGCCAGUGGGACACUUGUUUCAAGGAGUUGAGUUUGGAUCCAAAACCUGUUACUAGUUGUUACAAGGGUGAAGAAGGCAAAAAGCUUGAGCUUAAGUAUGCAGCUCUAACCGCUGCACUCAACCCACCUCAUGAAUAUGUGCCCUGGGUAGUUGUGGAUGGAGAACCCCUUCUUGAGGAUUAUGAGAACUUUAUAAGUUACAUCUGCAAAGCUUACAAAGGCCCUUCACCUAGUGCUUGCAAGAAAGCAUCCCUUGCAAGCGCUCUCAGGAUGAAGACUUAUCAUGCUCACCCUGUCUGCUACACAGAACAGACCGCAAAGGUGUCGUUCCUAUUGAAAAUUUGGUCCUUCCUAACGUCAUGGACAGAUUAAAUGCUAUGAAUCCAGCUGCAAUGUAUUAGACUCGCAGUUGCUUCACUGUCUCAAGAAGUGAUCAAGACUUAAUGUAGAUUUGCUUGUCUGAGAUAGGAAUUGUGUUAAUUUUGCUCUUUAGUCUCGUGUUGGCACGGAUGUUUGUUCAGUGAAUGCUGUCUAUGUGUACCAGUUUUAGUCUGCAGGUUUCUUUGAUAGUUAGUUUGACGACUUCGCCUCAAAUUAGCAGAUGACAAGCGUACUUUGCAUCUUAUUGUUAGCAGUGAUAUUAAGAAAGUUUGCUUGCUAAGUGAUUGUCUAUAGUUGUACUUUCUUUUUCGGACGGGGUCUUUAGUUGUACUUAAAUACAAGGUAGACAAGCAGUCAUAGUAAUAAGAAGACGUUGUUUGGUUGUA